CAGAGAGAGAGCUCUCUUCUUCUUCUUCUUCUCCCCGACCCCGUCUUCCCUCUUUCUAACAGCAGCACAGAAUUCAAGGCCACCCGCCAAUACUCCAUUACUCUCUCCCUCUCUCUCUUCAGUCUCGUUGUCCGGAGCCAAUUCCUCUGCGCUCCGUUUUUCGCGCUAUACAGAAAAUCUCGACCAAUAACAGCAAUAAGACGAAAAAACAAAUUGCAAAAAAAAAAAAAAAAGAGGAAAUUGAUAAGUCAAAGCGCCACCGUUGAUCCCAUCAUUUCAAAUUCCGGCCACUUUCGCCGCCGUCACUCCUUUACCCUACACUUCUUCUUUUUAACCUUUCCGCCGUUCUCACUGAUCGAUUCAACGCGUGAUACAGUCAGUCGAGUACUUUUCCGCUUUCCUUCCGAUUAUUUUACUCUUCUUAUAAUUAUUAUCCUAGUCUGCAGAAUCCCGUUACGCACAGUUUGGUUGAUGAGAAAGUCAAUGUUUGGUUGCUGAGCCUGAGAAGGAAAAAAGAAAAAUCAAUUCUGAUUCCGCGCUCUAUCGAAUAAUCUGACGUACGGAAGUCGGAGAUGGACAGUCUCAGGACUCCGUUCAGAGGGAUACUCGACGAUCUGCGAGGCAGAGCCGAGUGCUACAAGGAUGAUUGGACCAGUGCCAUUCGCGCCGGCGUCAGGAUUCUGGCUCCGACUUGUUACAUCUUCUUCGCCUCGGCUCUUCCCGUGAUUGCCUUCGGCGAGCAAUUGAAUCGAGAUACCGACGGCAGCCUGAGCACGGUGGAGACUCUGGCCUCGACGGCGCUCGCUGGGCUAAUCCACUCGAUUUUCGGAGGGCAGCCGCUGUUGAUAUUAGGUGUAGCUGAACCGACGGUCAUAAUGUACACUUACCUGUACAGCUUCAGCCAAGGCAGGCCAGAGAUUGGCCGGAAGUUAUAUUUAGCAUGGGCUGGAUGGGUUUGUGUUUGGACGGCAAUCAUGCUGUGUCUACUCGCGAUUUUCAAUGCGGGCAACAUCAUCAACAGAUUCACCAGGGUUGCAGGGGAGAUGUUUGGGAUGUUGAUUGCAGUUCUCUUCAUUCAAGAAGCCAUUAAGGGGUUGGUUACUGAAUUCAAUGUCCCAAAUUCCGAAAACCCGAAAGCAGAAGAGUUCCAGUUCCAGUGGCUAUAUGCAAAUGGCUUGCUUGCUGUCAUUUUCGCCGCUGGCGUUCUCUGGACUUCCCUCAAGACAAGAAAAGCAAGAGCUUGGAGAUAUGGCUCAGGGGGACUUCGAAGCUUUAUUGCAGACUAUGGCGUUCCUCUAAUGGUGGUGCUAUGGUCGGUAUUAUCUUAUGCUAUACCCAAAAAAGUUCCUCAUGGCGUUCCAAGGAGGCUGUUUAUUCCACUUCUUUGGGAGUCACAGUCGUUGCAACACUGGACAGUGAUCACGGAUAUGGUGAAGGUACCAGUGGGAUACAUCUUUGCUGCCAUAGUACCGGCCAUUAUGAUAGCUGGCUUGUACUUCUUUGAUCACAGCGUAGCUUCGCAGCUGGCACAGCAGCCAGAAUUCAAUCUCAAGAAACCAUCUGCUUACCAUUAUGAUAUCUUGUUGUUGGGGAUCGUGACUUUGAUUAGUGGAUUGCUGGGGCUUCCUCCUUCGAACGGUGUCCUUCCUCAAUCUCCUAUGCACACCAAAAGCCUUGCAGUUCUAAAGAAGCAGUUGAUCCGAAAGAAGAUGGUGAAAGGGGCCAAGGAAGUCAUGGACCGCAAGGGAAGCACUUCUGAAAUUUACGGGAAAAUGCAGGAUGUUUUCAUACAAAUGGAUAGAUCUCCAGCAGUAACAGUAAGUAGAGAGCUGGAGGACUUGAAAGAAGCAGUGAUGAGAAGUGACGAUGAAGGAGGCGAUACGAAGGGAAAGUUCGAUCCAGAGAAGUGCAUCGACGCACACUUGCCCGUCAGAGUCAACGAGCAAAGGCUCAGCAACUUGCUACAAUCAAUCCUGGUGGGAAUCUCAAUGUGUGCUAUACCACUAAUCAAGAUGAUGCCCACUUCAGUCCUGUGGGGAUACUUCGCCUACAUGGCCAUCGACAGUCUUCCAGGAAACCAGUUCUGGGAAAGGAUGUUGAUGCUCUUCGUUGCCCCUAGCCGUCGCCACAAGAUCUUGGAAGGCUUUCAUGCAUCGUUUGUGGAGUCAGUGCCGUUUAAGGCCAUUGCUAAGUUCACUUUGCUGCAAUUCGUUUACUUUCUCAUGUGCUUUGGGAUCACUUGGAUUCCCAUUGCUGGGAUUCUCUUCCCUCUGCCUUUCUUCAUCCUAAUCCUCAUCAGGCAACACAUGCUCCCCAAGAUAUUCCAGCAAGACCAUCUCCAAGAACUCGAUGCCGCGGAGUACGAAGAGAUCUCCGGCGCCCCCAAGAGAAACCUCAUGGUAACGAAAAUUUCCUGCCAAAAUUUAGUCUUAACCCGUUUUUUAGACCCGAAGUUACUCUGUUUUCAUACUCUGUUUUCCUCUGUACACUACAGGAAAUGGAUUCAGGGGAGAUCAGGCGGAACGAGCACGACGAGGACUUCUUCGACGCGGAGAUACUCGACGAGAUGACUACGCAUAGGGGAGAGUUGAAGCAUCGAUCUCGUAGCGUGAGGGAGGAGAGGGUAUUCCAGGUCCAUCCAGCAGCAGGAACAGGUGAAGGGAGCGGCGGGCCAAGACAGGUGUGAAGCAGAGUUAUAAUAUGGUGUCGAGACCUGAUAUAUAGAAAGCAUAUAUAGCUGAAAUAAAGGGAGCUCUGUUCAUUCUAUCAUAUGAUGACGACGAUGAUGAUGGCAACCAUUAUUACUCAGUAGAUGCAAAACAACAAAGCUCGGAGAAGCAGAGAGUUAAGUUUCUUUCUGCCUUGGAUUUCAAGUGUUGCAUAGAGAAUUGAGAUUACCACAAGCUAGCUGUUGGUAUAUGUUCUGAAUGUUGGGGGAAGAGAGCGAGUUUCACUUUCAGAUGGUUUGGUAUUAAUAUCUUCGAAGAGGAGCAGUUGGUGAAGAAGAAAUAGAGAAUUCUAGUUAGUAGAACUGAUUAGAAGUUUGAAGUUAUAUAUGCAGUUGUUUUGAUGGAUGCCAAAAGUGUCAAAAGCAUUACAUAUACCUAUUUCAGGUAUUUUCCCUUCUAUUAGUAUUCAGUACCGUACAGACUGCCUCCUCUCGUCACUAAUAAUAGGUCUCUGGAGAAAUAAGCAU